AUGACUGGAACGACGAGGUCACCUUUCGCGGCCGCGCGAUCGCGAUCGGACGGUGCGAGCGGUGCCUGUCGGUCGCCCCAGCGCCCCCAGCACGCAGAUGUGGUUUGUGCUGUGGAAGAGAGUCGUUCCCCAUUUUUGCUCGAUUUCAUCGGCGAUUCGCAGCGUUGGGGGAGAGAUUCGUCGGCCCCAUCUGCUUCCUCGCGGUGGGGGCAGCUUCCUCCUGGCGACGGAAGCUUCGUCCCGACGGAGGACGCUUCCUCGCGGCGGCAGCUUGCUCACUGCGGCCAUUUCCUUGUGCCGGCGGCCUCGUCAUCGCGCCGGCGCCUACUUCCUCGCGCCGGUGGUCACUUCCUCGCGCUGGCGGCCUCAUCGUCGCGCCGGCGGCCACUUCCUCGCGCCAGCGGCCGCUUCCUGCUACAUCCCCAUCCACCGUGUCUCUGGUUACAUCCACUCUUGUCCGGCUACAUCUCUGCGCCCGUUAAUUCUUCAUUGGCUUCUCCCGCUACAUUGUAUCUUGCCCGCGUAUCCGGCUACAUCAACGCUUCCACGACCACAUCUUCACUUCCUCGGCUAGAUCUUUGCUUCACCGGCUGCAACCACCCAGCCCAAGCUACGUCUUCUGGUAAAGUCAAGAAUGGCGAGUGCAGCUAUAAGGCAGGCAGGGAGGAAGUUUUGCAAGACAGUCUCAUCAAAGACAGAAAGUAAGUUUUAGAAAGACAUGUUAAAUCGAUCCAUCUGAGAUGUAUUACAUCGUUGUCGACAAUUGUUUGAUGGAUAUCUGUACUUAUUGAAUUUUUUUUUGCCCCUAAUGUGGACGAGAUCCACUAUGAACUAUGGUGUGCUUUGUAAUGUCAAACUAUGAUACAUCCGUAUUCUACACCCCUUUCCAGUUA